GACCUUUCAGAUGCUAGAAUUAAACAACAGAUAAAGAUAUGGCAGAAAUCUGGGUGCGUAGCGACAGAAGAGCAAAUGGAUUUUGUAGCGGGAGUGAUAGAGUACGUUAAGAUAUUGGAGAGGGUGCAAUCAAAAUCGAAUGGGGCCGCCCACGAUAUCAGAACGGCAGUUCCGCGGUCGUAUCAUAUCUAACAACCCUUUUGUGUCCUUGGUUGACCGGUUCUUGUGAUUCACCCUGUCUUCUUCCCCGGCAUGAACCUGUGCCGCUGCCCACAUGAAGGGUGUACAUCGCGUGUCAAUCGAAAAGGAUGGAAGCCUUUCCGUCAAGUUUAUGGAGUGAUGAACAACAAAAGGACAAUUAGUCCUCAGUAUAUCUGUGAUUUUCACAAAGCAGUUUUCCCGACUACUGACAGCUACUGGUCAAACCAAAUGCCAUGGCAGCAAGGGAAGCUUCCUCAUUUCACCUCCAAGGCUGCUCUCACAACACGAGAAUUAUAUGACAUGAUUGUGGAGUUCCGAACUACAUGCCAUUUUGGCCAACUGGAAGAAGGACUAAAGCAACUGCACAUGUUAUAAACCUUCGAAAAGAGGGGGAGUACUACAAAGCUGCCGCCAGAGAACGUCAUCUUAACUCAGCGCCUACCAAAUAAUAUCCUUCAUCUCUGGCGCGGGCUUCUCGAGCUGUAUCGCAGAUCGCUGGAAAUUCCCCACCUCUUGGACGGGGUACUGCAAAUGAAUGCGUCGGUAACGAUGACGAAAAUGAGCCCAACAGUGUUGAAGACAAGAUCAACCCGUCUAUGUCUGCUCAGUUGAUUAGAGCGGCGUAUGAAGACUUCAUCACGCGGCAGAGGAAGGGGGAGAACAUGACCUAUAGCUUGACCUAUAGUCGCGUUUUGGCUGGCAAGAUUCUAGCACUGGAUGCAACGGUCACAGUAGCUAACAAGGCAUCUGCGCAUAGUUCGAAGAGCUCAACGUCUGGGGUUAAAAAUGUCGCCAAUCCAUUUGGCGGUGGUCUUCUUACAGGUGUCAAUGAAGACAAAGAACUUAUAUUACGGCUAAAUUUCCACUCUAUAAAUUGUCUCAAAGCUAAACUUUUGACAGGAGUUUUUGAUCUCGAAUGCAUCAUUUGAAAUGCAGGUGCCGGUAUCCGAAUAUGCUAUGCGAUGUGAGAAACUUGGUAUUGACUUCGCCAAUGAAGGUGAAAUUAUUGCCAUAUUUCAUCACUCAGUGAGACAAUAGCUGUCAAGGGUUGUAUGUUGUUUGUGUCUUGGGCGUUUUAUUAUGCGACGAUGCUGCUUUGUUGUACCGAAGUAAACUUUGUUGUACUGAAUAGAAGAUCCUUUUAGAUCAAGUGCCAAAAUGGUAUACGAUCAAACUUCCU